AUGUCAUCGCGUUCGUUCCAAUUCAAAACCGUUGAUGUCCAAUUUUGGAAAUCGGCGGCCGAUUCGAAUGCCGGCGGCGGGGAUCAGAAAUCGACGACGUCGGCUUCUGGAACAGCUUCUAAAGUCUCUUGGAAACACCAGAAUGGAAAUAUUCGCGCUGAAGAUUCGAUGAUGAGCGGCCAUUAUUCAGUUGCUCAGGCUCGUGGCAGAGAGCACGUCAGCGGGGUGAAGCAGCAAGUUGAGAGGACAUUCUAUACUGUUCUCACACAGCCACAAAAACUAGUCGAAUAUGAUGAAGAAGCUUAUACGCCAAGUCGAAGCGUUUCACAAGAUGUUGAAAUGCGCACCAAGAGCAAUAGCAAUGUGAUGGUGCGGAAUGUGAAGACGCGGGUCUCGACGCGAUCGGAAGGCCAGGCGAGCGGUGUGGUCUCGCAACGCGGCAAAGUGACAAGCUCGACGGCGAAUUUGACGCUACCGUACGUCAAACACCAUACGAUUCGAGCAUCCGACAGUGUGCCGAUCAUCCGAUUGCCGAGGCCGCCGUCGAAAAUCGAAACGCAGCAUGUGAUACAUGGAUCGAUCGGUUCGAAACUCAACGACGUGUCCGGUUCGAGUGUGGUCCGCGAUUCUUCGACGGGUCGCGAGAUGAGCACGAAUCGGAGUGGAAGUCAACCGCCUGGAAAAGUGACAUACACGUACAAAGUUGGAGCCACUGAGCGACGAAUCGAAUAUCGAUUUCAUUCCGAAACGUUGCUCUACGAUUUCGAGGAAACGAGGACACGCGAGCAACUCGAAACCUGGACGAGCCAUCAGCCAUCGAUUCUGAGAAAUGUGGAGACGAUUCGAAAAUGCAUCCAAGAUCCAUAUGAGCGUGAGUAG